UGUCCGGGCCCUGGAAGUAACUGUGUCCCAGAGCAGCAUCCAGGUGGCUCGGGGCCAGGCAGCCAUCCUGCCCUGCUCCUUUACCACCAGCGCUGCUCUCACCAACCUCAACAUAAUCUGGAUGGUUAUCCCGUUGUCCAACGCCAACCAGCCGGAGCAGUCAAAGCAGGUGAUAAUAUACCAGAAUGGCCAGGUGUUUACCCUUCCCAAUCACCUCAAGGGUCGUGUUGGCUUUGCGACCACUAUGCCAAGCACAAGUGCCUCCAUCUUCAUCAACAACACCCAGCUGUCUGACACUGGGACGUAUCAGUGCCUGGUGAAUAACUUUCCUGACGGAGGGGGGCGGAACAUUGGCGUCAUUGGGCUCACGGUGUUGGUGCCCCCCUCAGUGCCAGCUUGUCGAAUCCAGGGAACGCUGGAUGUAGGCAGCGACAUCAUGCUGUUCUGCAGCUCUGAGGAAGGCAUUCCCACACCAUCUUACUCCUGGGAGAAGCUCGACGCGCUGCCCAAGCUGCCACACAACGCCAUGCAAGACCAGAUGCAGGGCACGGUCACGCUAAGAAAUAUAAGCACCAGCACCUCAGGAUUCUACCAGUGCACCUCCAGCAAUGCUAUUGGCAAGAGCACAUGUGUGCUAAACCUGGAGGUUGUAGCGCCUCAGCCCCAGAGUGUCGGUCUGAUCGCAGGGACAAUUGCUACUGGAAUCCUGGCUGUAAUCAUCUGUUCGCUGCUAGUUGUGGUCACGCUCUUCUACUGGAGGAAUAAGAACAAGUACGAAGAAGAGGAGAUUCCUAAUGAGAUCAGAGAAGAUGAUUUACCUCCUAAGCGGUCGUCAUCGGUGAAGGCGUUCCAUGCAGAUGCCUCUUCCUCAGAGAAUGACACACUGACAUCAACAAACACGUACAACAGUCGCUACUGGCACAACCCUAAAACCAACUACGAAACCAACUCCUACACGCGCUACAACGGAGACACCCGUCAGACCUUCACGGCUGCUCCCGGUGGACCCCAUGGCGCUCACAGUCACGGGCAAGCUCAGAACACUACGCAGGCCCGCGAAACAGCGGUCACGGCUCCAGGCUCCACCCCCCUACCCCGACACCCGCCACCCACUACGGCAACAACCACGACAACAUCGUUUGCCAACGGCGGCCAUAUGCUCUCCCCACCCAAGACUUUGGUAGUCACAACAAACUCUGCCCCAUCCCCUCCCGCCAUGGUGCGCAGCAACGGCACAGUGAGCCUCAAGCCAGUGGUGACAUCGGCGCACGGGCACCACACGCACUCGUAUGCUGUUAGCCAGGCAACACUGGAGCGGAUGGGGGCGGUGCCGGUUAUGGUGCCCGCCCAAAGCAGAGCAGGUUCACUUGUUUAGAAACCUGAUGUAAGACUCUGCUAAUAAGACUAAAGUAGUGUUUGGUUGGGGUGUUUGAGAUCUGAUCUUAAAAAAUAAAGAAAAACAGACUUAUAUGGGCUGAAGCAGCUCACAACCCUUUACAGUUGUGUCUUUCAGUAAGACUAUUUUUUAAACACAGAGUUAUUAGGUAGUUUUGGUUUUACAGUGCAGAAUUCAAUCGAUGCCAAUUCUUUGAAAGACAUGACGGGGAGUUUUAUGGAUUUUCUGUCAGUGCACAGUGGGAUCUUUUUUUUUUCCAACCCCAUGGAUGAUUUCCCAAGCCUGGAGUUUAAGGUCUGCAAACCCAGAAUCCCAGGCCUUUUAUGAUUGUGUUUUUUUUUUUUUUUUAUGACCCAAACCAGACAUUGUCUCAUUGUGUCAGUGUGCAUCAGCAAACAGAAGCCAGC